AUAAACAUAUUAAUUUAUAUUUUAUUAAAUAAUAUAAUUGACAAAAUCACUGUUCUUAAUAUUAAUAGAUUCCUUUAUUCAUACUUUUGGCAAUUAAGUAAUCGUUAUUUUUUUAUUCAAUAAAUACUAAUCUAUUUAAAUUAAAGAUUCUUUAAGAUGGUUUAAGCCUUAAUUAUUUAUUUAUUUAUUUUGUCUAAACGACAUCUUUACUAUUGACGAAACAAUGAGGGAACUGUUCUGAAAUAGAAAUUAAACAGCUUCGUUCCAUAAAAAAACUUCUAAAUUUCAUCCAUCAGAAUAGAUUUCAAGAUUUCUUCUUAUGUGUUACUGUUUUUUUGUGUGUCAAUUUUGAAAGAUCCUAGAAGGACUAGAAAACAGGUCAGAAUGUACUGUAUACGUGUCAAACCCAAUUCAAAAGCUUUGACUCCGAUCAUUUUUCUUUCACGGUCUUUAAACCAAAUGCCCGAAUGUUUUCAUCAAAAAUAAAAUCAGCUGUCCACAAAUACCUUUUGUUACUACUCAAAUAAUAGUAUAUAAUGUAUAUAUCUGUCAUCGCAUAUCAAUACGUGUAAAUACAGAAAUAUUCAUCUUAUAAAAUCUUUUAUAAUGCGUAAUUCAUAGAUAUUAAAUAUUUUAUCUACUUAUCUACUACAUUCCACUUGAUGCUGCCACCUACUUACCUGAAGCGUGAUAUAUCUACAUACUUACUGCAUCGCGUUGCCGUAACGACCGCGGCUUGUUUGUACGUCGAUGUGAAUGUGAAUUCGAAUUCGCGGUCGCGUAAUCGCGCUAAUAAACAUUCGCGGUCGGCCGGUUAGUCAAACGCACGUUUUUACACUCCGUAUGUCAAACAAUCGGAUUGCCGUCGCAAUGAACGGUAGUAUGACGAAUUACGUAGUCGAAAAACAACUCGAAUCUGAUGAUUUACGCCCAGCAUCGCUCGAUAGACAUCCGGAGAGACACGGAAUAGAGAAACCUGCUAAUAGAACUCUGGCUGGUACCGUCGAGGAAAUUCUGCGACAAGUGCAACGUGAAUUGUGUUUGAUCCAGUUGUGUUGGCCGGAUGUCUCAAUGAUCACGGAGGAUCUCUAUGCGCGAGCACUUCCGGAUACCUAUCGUUGCGUCAGGAAUAAGGAGCGACUGCUGUUGUGGUACGCAGAAAACUUUCGUCGCCAGUUCCACGCAAAAUAUACGAAUCGCCGACCAUUGCUAUUGACUUGCAAGAACGAAUGUCAUGUGCAACUUAUGAAUGCAUAAGGUUGUCAUAAAUACGGCUGUUGGAAUAUAAAUACGGCCAGUGAAACGUAAAAUCAGCUGAUUUGCAAAGUCAGCUGUUACGAUCAGCUGAUCAUACUAUUGUGUGUGCAUAGGUUAAAUAUGAAAUUAUGUAGUAUUAAAAAAGUUGUUUGAAAUGUCGCUAAAAACUUUUAGAUUUGUAAUUCGUAUCAGAAUUUAGAAUAAAAUUCCGUG